GUCCAUCCCAUACGGUCGCAUUUCUAAACUUUCAAACACAGUUAAACAAGACGACGAACCGGACUGCGAAUUUUGUGCUUCGAAACUUGGCGUCGCAUUUAACUUCAGAAUCUACCGAGAUGGAAACCACGACAUCUACUGUAACCUCAAGUCGAAACAUCUCUCAAUGCGCGCUAUCUCUAAGGCUCUCAGGCAGUGACGUCGCGCUGCGUACAUCCAGCCAGGACAGCUCCUCACCGGAUCAGCACCUAAGUUUGUCCACACUUUUGAAAAAACAACACUCCGGUUCCCCGCAGCUUUUCCGCUGCAAAAAGAGGACACACGUUACCGUACUAAACUUUCCGUACUCCCAGCAACAACAGCUCCCUUCUUCUGUGGUCAGAAGGAACGAGCGAGAGAGAAAUCGAGUGAGGCAGGUGAAUGCAGGCUUCCAGACUUUGCGUCAGCACGUACCCAGCGGGGCCGCCAGCAAUGGGAAGCUAAGCAAAGUGGAGACGCUUCGCUCGGCCGUGGAGUAUAUUCGAGCACUCCAGCAUCUCUUGGACGAGAACGACGCAGUUUCCGCGGUGUUUCAGGGCUGGAGCGUUCCGUCCCCCUCCGUUACCGUAUCAAGCACCUGCUCAGCGGGACCGGAGUCUCCCCUAUCUACCUCCUCUUCCUCGGAGGAAGGCGGUAACCACAAACACCUGGGAUCCGAGGAACACGACUUUCUAGAUUUCUCCACCUGGUUCAACAGGUGUUGAAACACAGUGUCUCAAAGAGAUACAUGUGUUCCACCCACUACCGGGGGAAUAAUCGUUCAUGCAGCGGUGCAUGCAUACGGAGGUCAGAAACACGCAGUAAACAAAUGGGACUACGUCACGAGACCAGCGGACAUUAUUUAUUUACGCUGAGGAGAGCCAAACACCAAACUGUUGAGAUUGCCGAGGAUAAACCUUUAUCCUUAGUUACAUCAGAUACUUGGUUUGUAAAAUAUGUACUUGGUCCAUUCCGUUUUGGACAAGUAUGUAAAUAUGCGAUUUCAGAGGUUAUUUUUUGUACUUUUAUACAACGUAGGUUUAAUAAAGUUUUUUUUCUAUUUAUAAAA